AAACCAUUACACCUUUUUUUGAGCUCGUGAGCAGAAUGCAUUUAAGAAAAAUAUUGUAGACUUCAAAAGUAAUUUUCAAAACAAUAGGAAAGAGCAGUGCAACCCAAUACAGUCAUUAGGAUCCUUACUCAAAAUCCACUCCCUGCUUUUAUUUAGUUCUUUGCAACUUAAGCUCCAGUCGAAUUAUAUUAACGCUUAUCAUCCAGUUGGAAAAGCUUCCCGUGGUCUCAACAGACUUUAUAUUUCGCUCGCUUUCUUUUCGCUGAAGUAAGGGCAGACUACGGGCAAAAAGCUUCAGAUGCUACUGAGCAUGCUCAGCAGAAGACAUUUCCGUCCGGGGCAGCAGCGAUUGCUCGGAAUGUAACCUCCUUUGCAAAGAGACGCAAGGCUGGGCCCCUUAUGGGAGAAAGAUUAGUAGUUUCUCUCGUUCAAACCGCGGAUUCUAACUUUCACAAGGGAGCUAAAGCUGAGCAGGACUAUUGGCAGGUAGGAGAUAGUGACAAUGGAGGAUGAUUUUCUCUUGGUCAGGUAGGAGAAAGGAGAGUAAGCACAGCUCAUCUCAGGAUGUUUUUUUCAUUUAUGGCCUGCUGCACUGAAGAUAAUUAGCUGUCCUGGGAACAUGGCUUUCAGAAACGUGAACAGAAAGAGACAUAUUGGUCUGCAACAUCUUUCAGCUUUGGCUUCCACUGGACGGACACUUUUAGGACCCAUGAAAUUGUCCAAAUUUAUAGUUGAUGAAAGUAUUCCUGGUGGUAUGUUAAUUUGCUCUCCACUGAGACUUCUUGAGAACAUGGAUUUAAGUAGUGCUGUGGGGCAGCUUCUUAAUGAAGCCAUCCAAGCACAGAACAAAGAUUUUAAAACAGGGAUGACCACUUUGCUCUUUCUUGUUGGUGCAUGGAGCAAUGCUGUACUUGAGUGCCUUCAACAUGAUGUUCCACUCUCACUCAUAGUAGCUAUAAUGUCUGAAAGUCUGGAUUCUUGCAUUGAACAAGUGCAGUGUAUUACGUUAUCACUACACAACAUACAGCAAAAGCUAAAGGAUAUUCCUGUAGAAUGUGAAGGCAUGAGCCUUAUCAAUAGUAACUCUAGCUUCUCUGGAAAACAGUUUACAGACAUUAAAAAAACAGUUAGUAAGUCUGGGACUAGUAUUUUAAAUCUACUUAAAAAUGAACUAUCAGAAGAAAAAUCAGAAGAUCAUAUGAUCCAGCAAACAAAUGAUAUCAAUCCAGUCAUACCCCUCACCAACAGUAUGAAAUGUUUACUAUCUGAGUCAAUGAACAGCAAUUUUGUUUUCAGUGUUUGCAAGACAAUGAUUCAGAAAAACUCUGAUUUGCAUAAUUGUCAUUUUGAUGCCUUGACUUACAACAGAAGAUCAAAAUUAACCCACAGUCGAUACUUUAGCAAUGUAAAUAAAUGUCAAUCACCACAACAAACAAUACAUCUGGAUGAAUGUCCAAAACCUUUUGACAGUUAUUUGGGACAACUAGCAUUAUCUCUUAGCCAUGGAAAUGAAUCUGCCACAAAAAUGAUACAGGACAUUCUCAGAUGCCAGCUUCCAGGUGCCAAUCAAAAAACUGAUACCUGUCCGUUCCAAUUUGAUAUUUCAGAAAUUGUGACAUGCUGUUUAUCAGGAAUAUCUGAAAGUCAUUCGUGUGUUCACCCUGGCUAUAUCACGCUUGUAUGUCCAGCAAAAGCUGCUGCUGUGAAGCAAUUUCAGGAUAUGCUUAUUCGUGUUAUUCUUAUAGAUGGUGACCUAACUGAAACUUAUCACCAUUUAGGGUUUAAUAGAUUAGAGAAUAUGAGCAUGUUUUCAGAAAAUGUGUCUCAUUCAAAGGAAAGCCCAAGCUUAUGGGUUGAUUCUAUAAUGGACAUUCUGAUUCAGUCUAAUAUUAAUUUAAUUUUGGUACAAGGUGACACAUGUGAAAUUCUAGAAGAAAAAUGUCUCCUACAUAAAAUAGUGAUAAUUAAUCAUGUGGACCAUAAUGUGUUGAGAGCUUUUAGUAAUAUUAUGAGAGCUGAGAUAGUGACUUACAUCAAUCAAGUGAAUGAGGAUUGUAUUGUCAAAGGCAUUUGCGUGAAUCUCUAUGGAACUCUGGAAUUAAAUUUGGUGGAGGUCAGUGGCCAAAUCCCACUUGCUUUAACAGCAGAAGGACUUCGAUUGGUAACAGUUGUGCUUUGUUGCCCUUUUAUGUCAAAGAUGCAAGCUAUGGAAGAUCAGUUUUGGACCUGCGUGUACCGUCUGCAUCAUGCACUUCUUGAUCAGGCUGUUUUUCCAGGAGGUGGUGCAGUUGAGCUCCUAUGCCUCAGUUUUCUUGAAAAACUAGAAGAAGCAACCCCAAACUCUACAGGCCAAUUUCAUUUUGCCUCUUCCUGGUUUGCAAAAUCCUCAGAACAAUAUAAAUCUUUGGUGCUUAGUGUUUUGGCAAGUGGUUGGCGCCAGUACUUGUUUGCUGUCAUGGGUAAUGCCGCAAACUGUGCAUCAGAGUUUGAAACCCACACUGUCAUACAGCAGCAUCUCAGAAGAGCAGCUCUGCAUGGUUCACCAUCAGCCUACAUCCUGGAGGAAUAUAGUAAGGGAAAGAUAGGAGUAAGCAUUGGACAUUCUGAUAUAGGUGGAAAGGCUUUGAAAGUGUGUGACAAUAUUACUGCUAAGAUAGAAGCUUGGCGCAGAGCUCUAGAAUUGGUGCUCUUGGUCCUUCAGACGGAUGCUGAAAUUAUUGCAGGCCCAAAGAAGGAUGAAUUGUUGAAAUCACAAGACUCACGUGACUUCCUAUUUUUAUAGGAUUCUGUGUUGCUGUUAACAGAUAAUUAACAGUAUUAAUUAGCUAUUAAUAGUAUUUGUGGGCAAAGUCAGGAGCAAAAAAUAUCUCUGAAAACACACUCUAGAAUUAUGGAGCCUUUGUUUCAUAAAACAAAGUUCACCCUCAGGGAAUGAAUCCCUGAAAGACUCAUUUCCGUUAUUUCAAUAUAAAUUAUAACUCUGGUCUCCUUAACUGGCAGUGAUGUAAUCUGGUGAAAAUUUAAUUGCAGCUGCAUCCCCUCUUCUAAGUGGGACUUAAACCCCAUUAAUUCUGUGAAAAAUUUGUCUUUCAUCAAAUAGAAAUAUUAAAGAGCUCAAUAGUAUAGAAAAGGUACUUUUAAAGGCAAUGUUUGUAUCAACAUGUUCAUUAAUUUUUUUUAAACAAAUGCUUAUUGAGCAUUUACGUUUACAAUGUAAAACAAGUUUUUAAAAAUGGUUGUUACGUAUAUGUGUAAGCAAUAAAUUAGCUCUGCAAAAUAA